AUGGUGGUAAGCUAUGCUCAAGGACUUCCAUUAGCUCUUAGAGUUUUAGGUUCCCAUCUAUUUGGAAAGAAAACAGAAGUAUGGGAAAGUGCAUUGGGAGAACUACAAAAUACUGGUAACAAUGAAAUUCAGAAAGUUUUAAGGAUAAGUUAUGAUGGUCUAGAUGAAACCAAAAAGAAAAUCUUUCUUCACAUUGCAUGUUUUUUCACUGGUGAAGAUAGCAAUUAUGUAGAUGAUGUGUUGGAUGCUUGGCUUGAGAGUCUCCCAGACAGCAUUGGUGAAUUGAAACAUCUCCAGCUGCUUUACCUUGAGGGAUGCUCACAACUGGUAACGCUUCCAGACAGUAUCUGCAAGCUGUAG